CAGAGCCGGUGAGGAAAAUGAAGCUCCCGAUUUUCAUAGCAGAUGCGUUCACGGCAACAGCUUUCCGGGGCAAUCCUGCAGCCGUCUGCCUCGUGGAAAAUACAUUGGAUGAAGACUCUCAUCAGCACAUUGCAAGAGAAAUGAACCUCUCUGAAACAGCUUUUAUCCGAAAACUGCAACCAGAUGACAACUUCACACAAAGUUCUCGCUUUGGACUCAGGUGGUUUACUCCGGAGAGUGAGUUCCCGCUGUGUGGCCACGCCACCCUGGCUUCUGCGGCUGUGCUGUUUCACAAAAUGAAGAACACAAACGACACCCUAACCUUUGUCACUAUGAGUGGGGAACUAAAGGCCAGAAGAGCAGAGGACGGGAUUGUCCUGGACUUUCCUCUCUACCCAACCUCCCCCCAGGACUUCCAUGAAGUAGAAGACUUGAUAAAGGCAGCCAUAGGUGACACCCUGGUCCAGGAUAUCCGGUACUCUCCAGAUACCAAAAACCUCAUGGUCCGGCUCAGCGAUUCUUACAACAGGUCCUUCCUAGAGACCCUGAAGGUGAACACAGAGCCUCUGCCUCGAAUUGAACAGACUGGGAAGGUGAAGGGACUCAUCCUCACUCUCAAAGGAGAGCCUGGGGGGCGGACACCCCAACAUGACUUCUACUCCCGAUACUUUGCUCCAUGGGUUGGUGUGGCUGAAGACCCGGUGACAGGGUCCACCCACACUAUACUUGGCCCCUACUGGUCUGAGGAGCUGGGCAAGAAAGAGAUGCGAGCCUUCCAGUGUUCCCGCCGAGGAGGGGAACUGGACAUUUCCCUGCGACCUGAUGGCCGAGUGGACAUGAAGGGUGGCGCUGCUAUUGUCUUAGAGGGCUCCCUCACAGUCUAGAGACACCUGUGCUGGGCUGUGGCCGCUGCUGAACACCGUGUUUUCUCUACACACAAAAAGCAAAGCAAAG